CUGUUUUCUACAUAACCAUUUGUAUCAUAGUUUCUACGGCCAUUGUUACAAAGAAGACUGUAUAGUAAAAGCCAACUGAGUGCAACUACAGAAUUCUAUUAUAGUAAAGUUUUAUUUCAUUUUUUUGGAAUUAUUCUUUGUGAAAUGUAAUAAGGCAUGUAGAAGGAAAAGGAUAUCACUUGACAACGACAGUACCAAAGAUACUUGAAAGAGUACUAAUAUCAGGAAAAUAAUAAAAUCAAUAAAUUAAAAAAUGAUUGCAAGGAAAAUGAGAAAAAGGAAGGCAUAAAAGAGAAACGCUAUUUCAUUCAAAUUAGCUCUUGUCUUCUAAUAGACAUCCAAAGCAAGUUUGGCGAUAAAACUCUCUGGAUAUAAGAUUUAGUGAUUUUUUUUUAUAAAAAGAGAAAAAAUAUUUCAUCUGCUCCCUAUAAUGAUUCUACUGAUCUAUGAAACUAUCUAUCUGUAUGGAAUCUAAAAGUAGUACUGGGACUCUGAAUCAGGUUUCAAUCUGUCUAUAGCAAACAACUUGAAAAUUUUUAGAGAAUUGAAUUUUUUGGUCCUUAGCUUAGUUUAAUUGAUUUACCGUUUUCAUUUGUGCAACUAAGAAAUAAUUUUAAGAUGGCUUCUCAAAAACUAUGGGGUGGAAGAUUUACUGGCACUACAGAUCCUUUGAUGACUGCCUAUAAUGAAUCUAUACAUUAUGACAAGCGCAUGUUCAAUGCAGACGUGGAUGGCUCGAAAGCUUAUGCAAAAGCUCUGGAGCAACGUGGAAUCGUCAACAAAGUUGAGCUUGAAAAGCUUUUGGAAGGAUUAGAAAGCGUUCGCGAAGAGUGGAAAGCGGACAAGUUUAUUCUUCAUCCUUCUGACGAAGACAUUCAUACAGCUAAUGAGCGCCGACUUGGUGAAAUUAUUGGUACAGGAAUCGCCGGAAAGUUGCAUACUGGAAGAAGUAGAAACGAUCAAGUCGCUACGGAUAUGCGUCUUUGGCUUCGUGAGCAGAUUAAAGUUGUUAAAGCUUUUCUCAUUGAUCUAUUAAAAGUAUUCGCUUCUCGUGCUGAAGCCGACAUCGAUAUCGUUAUGCCUGGAUAUACCCAUUUACAACGUGCCCAACCCAUCCGCUGGUCUCACUUCUUGAUGUCUCAUGCAUUCUCUCUCCUCUCUGAUUUGAACCGUUUAAACCAGCUGUACACCCGUGUCAACCAACUUCCGUUGGGGGCUGGUGCUUUGGCUGGUAAUCCAUUUGCUGUAGACCGAGAAUUCCUCUGUAAGGAGCUCGGUUUUGACGGUAUUAUCAUGAACUCUAUGAACGCUGUUGCCGACCGUGACUUUGUUAUUGAAUUUAUGUAUUGGUCUAGUAUGGUUAUGACCCAUAUUUCUCGUUUGGCUGAGGACCUUAUCAUCUACUCUAGCUCUGAAUUCAGUUUUGUGACACUUUCCGAUGCAUACUCUACAGGUAGUAGCAUUAUGCCUCAGAAGAAAAAUCCAGAUUCCCUAGAAUUGCUCCGUGGUAAAUCUGGCCGUGUCUUUGGUGACAUGGUUGGUUUCAUGAUGUCCGUAAAGGGCAUUCCAUCGACAUACAAUAAGGAUUUACAAGAAGACAAGGAAGCUCUAUUUGAUUCCGUCAAAACUGUUUCUGAUUCAGUUCAAAUUCUUACUGGUGUCCUUUCAACCUUGACUGUUAAUCCUGAAAAAAUCGCUAAGAGCUUAACAGCUGAUAUGUUGGCUACAGAUUUGGCCGAAUAUUUAGUUCGUAAGGGUGUUCCAUUUCGUCAAACCCAUCAUAUCUCCGGUUCUGCUGUUCGUAUGGCUGAAGAGAGAAACACCACAAUCGACAAGCUUUCCGUUGAUGACUUUAAGUCUUUAAAUCCCCUUUAUGAGGAUGAUGUUGCGAAAGUAUUCAAUUACGAGGAGAGCGUUGAAAAACGAUGCGCUAUUGGCGGUACUGCUAAGUCUUGUGUACUGGAGCAAAUUAAGACUCUCAAAGAAUCUCUUCAUUAGGUUUACAAGUUUUUUUUUUGGAUUUUGGUGCUUGGUGUUUAUUUUAUUGCCAAUUGCAGAAUAUUAAUAAAGCAUAAUUCUUGAAAUUAACCUUGUUGAUUUUUAUUCGUAAUGCAACUUUUCAUUUAACAUAGUAACUAAAAUGCUUCCCUCAAAAUGUUUACUUUCGAUUUUUUCGCUUUUUCCCUCCAUCUUCAUCAUCUUCAGAUUCGACCCCAUCAGAGAUGUCCAAAGUAUCGUCAUUUGCUAAUGUCAAACCAAAACCAGCAUCCACUUUCUUUUUGCUUUCAUGUUUCUUCAAAUCUUCAAUUUCUCUUCGACUCUGUAAACUUGCCAAAUGCUGGAUUUGUCGUCGAAAAUCUUUAGGACCAUCCUGAACUGUAUCUUUUGCAUCUGCAAAGAGAUUACCGACAAAUAUAUUGGAUUCAUUACCUUUCGAUUCUUUAUCCCCGACUUCUAGUUUAAUACGCUUGGGCUCAGAAUUAUCAUUAUCGUCAUCGUCGUGGAAUGGGUCAUAGUCAUCUCCAGCUUCUUCAAAUAUAUCAGCAUCUGUAUCAACCUUUGGUAAAGGAACCACCUCUCUCUGUUUUUUUACAUCAAGAGGUGGUGCUUCAUUAUCGUUGUGAGCCGUCGUUCGCUCUAAUGGAACUUUCUUUUUAUCUUUUUUCACCAGUCGCUUUAAAACAUUCCCGUCCUCAUCAAGUUCGUAUUUCACUUUUUUUCCUUCUUCGAUGGCCCUUCGGUAUUUAGGUUGCCCAUUAGGAUAUCUUGGUAUAUAUGUACUUGCCGAGCUUACCAAGGCAUCUUCAGAAGGUUUUGGACUUGUGUUCGUUGUUCUCUCAGCCAAUUCUUCAAGAAGAUUAUCAUCCUGUUCUUCAUUUUCCACUGGUUUGGAUUCCUCCGAGGUUUUUUCCGUAAAUUGAGGAAUAUCAGGCUCGAUAUGUUGAGAUUUUGCUUUUUGUAGAAGUUUGCGAUCUAAACCUCGAACAAGGUGAGUAGUAGACAAAUCCCCACCUAAUUCUUGUGUUCUUCUUGAAAAUUCAUCUCCUGUAAUUUCACCAUGGUGAAGCUUACUACGUAAAUCUUGCACGAGACGAUCGCUUUCAGAGAGCGUUUCAGGUUCAUCGGUAUCAAAGUUUCCUGCUUCUGUUAACGAAGAAGAAGGCUUAUUGAAGUUAGGUUUUGGAUUCGGAUGUCUUUUAAUGAUUGAUCUAGGAGGUAAUGAUGUAGGCAAUCUUGGAUGUCGCCUGCCAAAUGAAAGACCUUGAGAUCUCUUUGGUAUUUUAUCUAACUCUGAGGUUUCGCUUCUGGGGGUAGCUAAUAGCUUUCGAAAAUCAUCCUGAUUCAUCUUUGUUGAUCCGUGCAUUCCAUUAAUUCAGGUUAUUAGACUAGACAAAUCAAUUUUAGAAAACAACAAAAUUUUUCUAAACAAAUUAGAAAUUAAAUAAACUGAUCGCGAGCAAUGAGUUCUUGGUUCUCAUACAGUUUUUUUAAACUAGUAAAAAAUGUAAGUUGAAAUUCAAA